GUUAAUCUAGUGACUUUAAGGGAUCACUUAAAAGCAGAUCCACAUCUCGCAGUCUUCUCUCUGUUCUUACAGUUCUUAUUUCUGGUUAUAUUUACAAACUAGAACAUAUCAUAUAAAAAAAAUGUGAAACGCUUUCAUACCGCGAGAAUCACAAGUUUUUAUUUAGACUGAUAUCAGUUAUAUAUAAACAAGAUGUCUAAUGAAAAUGUGCUGUUUUUAAGAGGAAGUGGAAAUAAAAGUGAAGAUGAAGAUGUUUGGGAUGAUACAGCAUUAAUACAAGCAUAUGAUAAGGCUGUAACUUUGGCCAAGGAGGAAGUAGCAAAACGCAUUGCUAUGGAUGUAUGCAAUCAACAGACAACACAGAAAUCACAAAGUUAUAAACAUAUGAAUCAUACAAAAAAGAUUCCCACGAAAUGGAGUAUUGGUGCCCCAUGUCGUGCAGUUUAUUCAGUAGAUGGGGAAAUCUAUGAAGCUAUCAUAAUAAAGAUUCAUGAGGAGUCUGGGAUAUGUACAGUGAAAUUUGUUGGAUAUCAAAAUGUAGAAAAAGUAAAGCUGAGUUCUCUUAUGGAAUCAGGAGGACUGCAAAGUCAGAUUGCUCAGCAGAAAGAUGCAUUAGCACAAAAAAGUAAUGAAGAGUCCAUAAAUUCCGAUACAUCUGCUUAUUCGUCUCAAAAUUCCAAACAAAUCAAUGGUGAGAAGAUGGAUUACGAUAUGGAGGAUUCCAAACCUUUUAAAAAUAAUUAUAUGCCUGGACCUCCUUAUUUCAAUUCGAUGGUAGAUGCAAUGCCACCUGCACCACCUUUACCACCACAAUUGAUGGCUAAAUUACCUGAGAACGAUGCAGAUGCAUUAUCUAGUAUGUUGAUGUCAUGGUACAUAAGUGGAUUUCAUACAGGUUAUUAUCAUGGAUUAAAGCAGGCUAAAAUCAAUCAGCAGAAGAGAAGAAAUUGUCAAUAAGUUGUUUUUGACAUAUUUAUCUUUUGAUAGGAUUUAACAAAAAAAAAAACUUUUUACAUUACACAUUGUAUCAACAAAUUUGCAUUAAUAAAAUUCUACA